CCUUCGACCUUUAUGAGUGACUGAUCCGGCGGCAUGACGGCCAACAGCCGCUGUUCCGUGGCGGAGCCCCCGGGGCUGGAGACCCAGCGGCGGGAGAUCGAGUCUCUGCUGCGGGAGAGUGAGCUCCAAGCUGGGGACACUUGGUACGUGGUGUCUCGUCGCUGGUUUGAACAGUGGAAAGAGUUUGUGGAGAGCGGAGACCAGAACUCGUCGUCCUUCCCGGGUCAGAUCGACAACACUGAACUGUUUGAAGACCUCGACUCGUACCACCUGAAGGAGCGCCUGGCGGAGAACGAGGACUUCGUGUUGGUUCCGGCGGCGGCCUGGCACCAGCUGCUGCUCUGGUACGGUUCUGUGGACGGGCAGCCGGCGCUGGAGCGCAAGGUGGUGGACCUGCCCAGCACUCUGAAGGUGGAGGUGUACCCCGUGGAGAUCUUCCUGUGUCUCCAUAGCAACAUGGAGAACGUCACCACCGCGCAGUUCAGCCGCACCGACACCAUACACACCAUCCAGGCGGACAUGUGUCGGGUCUUCUCGGUGCCUCCGAGCUCUGAGUGCCGUCUGUGGAUGAAGAGUUCAGACAGCAGCUGCGAGCGUCUCAGGAACGUCCACAUGAGCGUGUUGGAGGCCUGCCUGAGCUCAGGGAUGACGCUGAUCAUGGAGACGAGGCAUGCUGACGGCACCUGGCCGAGCUCCAGACCUCAGAUCAUGAGGAACUCUGUGGAGGAGCAGGACUCGUACCGAGGUCAGCCAGGGGUCUGCGGCCUCACCAACCUGGGCAACACCUGCUUCAUGAACUCCGCCUUACAGUGUCUGAGCAACACUCCUCCUCUGACUGAGUACUUCCUGCGGAGCUCCUACCUGGAGGAGCUGAACUUCACCAACCCUCUGGGGAUGAAGGGGGAGAUCGCCGAGGCAUACGCUGAUGUCAUCAAGCAGAUGUGGUCCGGACGCCACUACUCUGUGGUGCCACGGGUCUUCAAGACGAAGGUGGGUCACUUUGCGUCUCAGUUUCUGGGGUACCAGCAGCACGACAGUCAGGAACUGCUCUCCUUCCUGCUGGAUGGGCUCCACGAGGACCUGAACCGGGUGAAAAACAAGGAGUACAUCGAGCUCCGGGAUGCUGAUGGGCGACCGGACCAGGAAGUGGCUGAGGAGGCGUGGAGGAACCAUCGCAGGCGGAACGACUCGGUGAUUGUUGACACGUUUCACGGACUCUUCAAGUCCACGUUGGUCUGUCCUGAGUGCGACAAGGUGUCUGUGACCUUCGACCCCUUCUGCUACCUGAGCAUCCCACUUCCAGUCAGCAAAGAGCGGGUCAUGGAGGUCUUCUUCGUCUCUCUGGACCCCCACGCCAAACCUGUGCAGCAUCGGCUCGUGGUUCCUAAAGCAGGAAAAGUGUCGGACCUGUGCGCUGCUCUGUCAGAGAUGAAUAACGUCCCGCACAAACAGGUCAGUGUCAG